CUCGUAUGCUUAAGAAUUACGCCAAAAAAAAAAAAAAAGUGAUCAGAUAGCUAGAAGCCUAGAAUGCCCGAAAAUUACCAUAUCCCUAGAAAGAAAGUAAGAAAGUGCUUUCUUUCAGCUCACCAAAUCAUAACGCUUUGUGAAAAAACAUGCACGCCAAGAAACACAAACGCCACCCCCAUAUAACACGCAUAAUCACCCUGAUCAAACUAACUAUAUUCACAUGCAUGCAUGCGCUCUGACAUUCCCACAAAAUUAUCAUCCCAAUACCAUGAUCAAUCCUGGCAACCUCAUGACCUGCUCCCCCUCCUCCUCCUCUGAUGAACUUGCCCCUGGAAACUUGAUGUCCAGGCGGCUUUUUUUCUUGCAAGAUAUCCAAAUCCUUGAGCUUUUCCUGGCUGUUUUUGUGUUUGUGGCUAUUCAUUCUCUAAGACAAAAGAAGGUUCAAGGUCUGCCCGUUUGGCCUGUCCUCGGAAUGUUGCCAUCCUUGAUAACCGGCCUGAGAACCAAUAAUAUGUUCGAGUGGCUGACAGAGAUUCUUUGCCGUCAAAAUGGGACUUUCAAAUUCAAAUGCUCUUUGUUUAGUAGCCUCAACAGUGUCGUGACCUCGGACCCUCGAAAUUUGGAGUAUCUUCUCAAGUCCAAGUUCUCCAAUUUCCCUAAAGGGCCAUAUUUCCGAGACACUGUUCGUGAUCUUCUUGGCGUAGGGAUAUUUAGUGCAGACGACGAGACUUGGCAACAGCAAAGGAAGACGGCAAGCAUUGAGUUCCAUUCGGCUAAGUUCCGGCAAUUGACCACCGAGUCAUUGGUUGAACUUGUGCAUUCCAGGCUCCUACCAGUGUUAGAAAACUCAAUUCAGCAGUCCUUCCCCAUUGAUCUCCAAGACAUCUUACUGCGUUUAACUUUUGAUAAUGUAUGCAUGAUAGCAUUCGGGGUUGAUCCAGGGUGUUUAAGCCUUGGUUUACCGGAAAUACCAUUUGCCAGAGCAUUUGAGGACGCGACGGAAGCCACGUUCCAACGAUUUGUCACGCCCACAUGCAUAUGGAAGGCCAUGAGGCAUUUCAACUUGGGUGCGGAGAAAAUGCUCGAGAGAUCAAUAAAAGGAGUAGAUAAGUUUGCCGAGGAUGUAAUUCAGACAAGAAGGAAGGAGCUCUCUCUGCAAUCCUGUGACGAAGACAAGAUGAAGCAAAGAUCAGACCUCUUGACAGUGUUCAUGGGUCUGAAAGAUGAGCAAGGACAGCCUUUCUCUGACAAGUUUUUAAGGGAUAUUUGUGUCAACUUUAUACUUGCUGGGAGGGACACUUCCUCGGUGGCAUUGAGCUGGUUUUUCUGGCUGCUUGACAAGAAUCCGGCGGUGGAGGAGUGUAUUCUUGCAGAAACAUGCCGGAUUUUGGCUGAAAGAGAGGAGUUGAAAAGGGGAGAUCAGUGUGAAAGUUCAUUAAUAUUUAGGCCGGAGGAGAUAAAGAAAAUGGAUUAUUUGCAUGCUGCUCUAUCUGAGGCACUCAGGUUGUAUCCUUCAGUGCCAGUGGAUCACAAGGAGGCUGUUGAAGAUGAUGUAUUUCCAGAUGGGACGGUGCUUAAAAAAGGAACAAAAGUGAUCUAUGCAAUUUAUUCAAUGGGGCGAAUGGAGAGCAUAUGGGGAGAGGAUUGCAAGGAGUACAAGCCGGAGAGAUGGUUGAGAGAUGGUCGGUUCAUGAGCGAGUCAGCAUACAAGUUCACGGCCUUCAACGGCGGCCCUCGCCUUUGCUUGGGAAAAGAUUUUGCUUACUAUCAAAUGAAAUUUGCCGCCGCGUCGAUCAUUUAUCGCUACCAUGUCAAGGUAGUGAAAGAUCAUCUUGUGGAACCAAAGCUGGCACUUACUAUGUACAUGAAGCAUGGAUUGAAGGUGACUCUUCAUAAGCGUGAUCAUGAGUGGGAGCUUCAAAAGUACCUGAAGAUCAAUAAAUAAAGGUUUUAGUAAUGGGGGUACAUGUCUAUAAUCAUGUUUUUCAUAUGUUUCUUAUUUAUUUGACCUUUUAUUACAUAUAUAGGUUUGUAGAAUAUCUAUUAACGGUAUUGUAUUCAAGACACAAGGUUGUACUUGGUUGUGUGUGUUUAAGAAGCUGCAAUAUUUGAAUAAAUAGGCUUUAUCUCCA